AUGUUGGUCAUCUUACUUCCUCUCCUAUUUGGCCUAAUCCAAGCAGAUGAUGUUCGAAUGGACUGCCAUCCUGAGCCUGACGCUGACAAGACGAAGUGCGAGAAGAGAGGUUGCAUAUGGGGUCCUAGCGCUUCUGUGGAAGCCGCGCUAGAGAAGAACAAUGGACCAGCAAAUCCAUGGGGAGAAGAUUUCAAGAAGAUAACGAUCAGUUCGAAUUACAUUGGAAAAACUUUGAAUGUGAAGAUUGGAGUGAAAGGACGGUAA